GGGAAGAGAGCCCAUAAUGUGCUCAAACCUGUUGCUGGUUCUCCAAAUGCUCUUGAUCUGACCAUGGUCACCUGCUUUUCUGGAUUCAAUUCUUCUGGCUCUAACAUCACGACCGUCAGCUCGGAUGUGGACGCGUUCCCCGGGUACACGAUGGUGAUCCUGGCGAUCCUGAUGAUAACCCUGGUGGUCGUGGUGGUGGUCGGAAACGCGUUCGUCAUCCUUGCCUUCUUCGUGGACAAAAGUCUUAGAAAUCAAUGCAAUUACUUCUUCCUAAAUUUGGCAAUAUCUGACUUCCUCGUCGGGGCCUUCUGCAUCCCGGUCUAUAUUCCCUACAUCCUGACGGGCAGGUGGAUGCUAGGCCGUGGGCUCUGCAAGCUGUGGCUGGUGAUGGACUAUUUGUUGUGCACGGCAUCUGUCUUCAAUAUUGUCUUAAUCAGUUACGACCGCUUCCUGUCCGUUACACGAGCGGUAAGGUACAGAGCCCAGCAGGGGGUCACUCGUCUUGCAGUGGUCAAGAUGUUGGCAGUGUGGGUCUUGGCAUUCCUCCUCUAUGGUCCAGCAAUUAUCUUCUGGGAGCUGCUUGUCGGAGAGAGCAUUGUUCCGGAGGACGAGUGUUUUGCUGAGUUCUACUGCACCUGGUACUUCCUGCUCUCCGCUUCCACGUUUGAGUUCUUCUCUCCUUUCAUCUCAGUGGCCUUCUUCAACUUUAGCAUCUAUCUCAACAUCCAGCGGAGAAACCGUAGCAGGAUGGCACACAUGGAGGCUGAAAAAGAAGACGGAUGGAGGGUCGUAGAUGGCCAGGCCUCAUCCGCGUUCUUCGUGAAAACACGCAAGGUAUCCUCUAGUGAGCCAGCAGCCGUUUCAGCCGUGAUACAAGACCAAGAGGAAGUGUCGCCUUCGUCCAGUGGAGAUCCAAGCAGCACACACUCUGUGUCUUUGACAAUGAAGACGACCAAUACAAAACGGGGAUUGUUCAACGGUUGGGUAAGGACACGCAUAAUACGUGCACAGGAAGCCUCGACCACUUGCGGUCCCUACAGGAGCGGAGGACACGCACGUCUCUCUCGAGACAAGAAGAUUGCCAAGUCUUUGGCAGUCAUAGUGUGUGUUUUUGGGGUGUGUUGGGCACCUUACACACUCCUGAUGAUCAUUCGGGCUGCCUGCAGUGGUACUUGUGUGGAUCAUCAUUGGUACGAAGUCACUUUCUGGCUCCUUUGGCUAAAUUCGGCAAUCAACCCUUUUCUCUAUCCGCUUUGCCACAGUAGCUUUCGCCGGGCAUUUGCCAAGAUUUUGUGCCCCAAACGGCAGUCUGUUCGGCCACACGAGGAGAGCCCUUCAUGCCAAUGA